AUGAACCUCUCCUCCGAGCUGACAUUUCAAGAAAAAGCGCACGGAGACACCCUGACAGAUGACCUUGGUCUGAGACUCCCCCCUCCCCCCCUCGUCCCCUCCCCCCCUCGCCCCCCCUCUCCCACCCUGAGAACUACACCAUAUGUAGACAGAGGGAAGACGCAGUGCGUCCGCGAUUCUCGGCUGGAUCCGUACGUGCGUGAAGCACGCGGGAUCCUCGCGAGGGAGGAAAUCGCCUCUUCCCUCCGUCCUCCCUCCACUGCCCUCCCUCCACUGCCCUCCCUCCACUGUCCUCCCUCCAUUGUCCUCCCUCCACUGUCCUCCCUCCCGUAUCUUUCAUCUCCCAUCCUUGCUCUCCUUCCCUGUCCCGCAGGUCAGCAGCGGAGUCAGCCGAGAUUUAUCGCUGGAGGACGAAAAAGGAGAAUAAAGCCCGAUAUGAAGCCGAUUUACGUCCUCCUCGUCGUUUUCUCUCGAGUCACCUGGGCCGUGGAUUACCGGGUAGAGGAGAAGCGCAUCCUGGACGAGAUCCUCAAACCGGAGAAAUACGAUUCACGCAUCCGGCCGUUGGGUAUCAACCAGACCGAGCUGGAAUGGCAACGAGGAAGACGAGUGCAAGUCUCUAGUGCUUCACUCGGCUUGAGCCAGUUGAGCGGGUUGAGCAAUUAGACGC